GACAGGGCUCGAUGCACUCACGGUCUCCAUUGUGGUUCCUGCAGCUCCCUUCUUUAUUCAGCAGCUUUUCAGAUGUCUUCUUUCAGAAGAACUGCACCUGGAGUACUAUGACAGCAAACUAUAAUUGAGAAAUGUAUAGAUGCUGUUGAACUGUUAGCAGAACAGUGGGAAAAUUGGCUGAUACAGUGGAAAGCUUUAAAUGCAGUAGCCAAAGCAGCAUUGCUCUCUGCUUUCAAGGCCACAGGCACUCAAGCAGCACCUGCCUUUGGAAUGGGAGGACAGCAAACCUCAGGCUUUGGGCUGUCAAGCUUUCCUGUGAGCAGCAGCAGCAGCACCAGUGCCAGCAAUUUCUCCUUUAAAGCCAGUUCCAGCCUCAUCAGUGCAGCAUCAUCUGGGAGCAGCCCUGCUGCUGGGAGCUCUUCUGCUGCUGCAAAUCCUCCUGCAUUUGGGACAGCAUCCUCUCCCAGCACAGCCCAGUCCGUCGGCUUUGGCAGCCCGGCCGCUCCCUCCGCAGCCUCCUUCUCCUUCAGAGCAGCUGCCACGGCUGGUGCCUUUGGGACUUCUGGCUUCUCAGGCUUUGGCAGUGCUUCUGCUGGGAGCUCUGCAAGCAGCCCUGCAGCAGCCUUUGGAGCCUUUGGUGCCACCGUAGGCCCUUCUGGCUCGCCCUCGAGCGGAGCUUUAUUUGGGCAGGGCGGCGGUGCCGCUGCACAUCCUGUCACCUCAGCGUCCGCUGCAGCCGCCAAUGCCAGCCCUGCCUCAGACAAGCUAUUCACUCCCAAGAGCGAACUGUCAGCUGAAGAGUGGCAGCAGUUUGAAGCAAAGGAGUUCACAAUUGGAAGGAUUCCUCUGAAGCCACCACCAGUAGAACUUUUAAAUGCUUUUGACCUUUUAAGUUUAUUCUGAAAUGUUGUUAAUUUUUAUUUCCUUUCUCAGUUCUCUUCUGCAGAAACAAAUGCACAAGUAUAAACUUUUGAACCUUGUAUUGGGAUGGACUUCUUACAUCUGAAAGAUGAACUGUUGAAACUAAAAUAGAACAUUUCCUUCUAUGUGCUGUCCUGUGAAAUUCUGUACAAAGACUAUAUGAAAAAUAUGGUGUCAAAAAAAAGAAUGUUUCAGUCAGAUAUUUAAAACCUACUCUUGUAUCAAUGUAUUAUCUCCAAAUGUACAGUCCGUGGGAUGUAGGACUGGCCACAAAAGCUAUUUUCCCCACUGUCCCAACAAUUGAUAUUGUAAAUUUUUUGGUGAGCCCUUACUGAUAGUUAUUACUGAAUGUGUGCCUUUGC